GAGCGCAACGGCGGAGUCUCGCGAGGGCUUCUUGCGGAGUCCCUUCGCGAGUUGCGGAACGCGGGUCUCGGCCGCGGCAACUGACUGGGCGUUUCCGUUCCCGGCGUCUCGCGCAGGAGCUAUAUAUUGAAGACAAUGUCUGGAAGCUUCUACUUUGUCAUUGUUGGUCACCAUGAUAAUCCAGUUUUUGAAAUGGAGUUUUUGCCAGCUGGAAAAGCAGAAUCCAAAGACGAUCACCGCCAUCUGAACCAGUUCAUAGCUCACGCGGCUCUCGACCUCGUAGAUGAGAACAUGUGGCUGUCAAACAACAUGUACUUGAAGACGGUGGACAAGUUCAACGAGUGGUUUGUUUCAGCAUUCGUCACUGCGGGUCAUAUGAGAUUUAUUAUGCUGCAUGACAUCAGGCAAGAAGACGGGAUAAAGAACUUCUUUACUGAUGUCUAUGAUUUAUAUAUAAAGUUUGCAAUGAAUCCAUUUUAUGAACCCAAUUCUCCUAUUCGAUCAAGCGCAUUUGACAGGAAAGUUCAGUUUCUUGGGAAGAAACACCUUUUAAGCUGAAUGCAAAAAAUUCGCAAGUAAACAGUGUCACUACAAUGGGGUGUACGCAGGAAUGUGUACAUUGUAAGUAACUUGAUUAAACAGCAUGGAAAAGU